AUGACUUUUGUGCCAGUCAUCCCGGAGUCCUACACCCAUGUUCUGGCAGAGUUUGAUUCUCUGGAUCCAUUACUUUCAGCCCUAAGGCUGGACUCAAGUCGUCUAAAGUGCACGAGCAUAGCUGUAUCUCGGAAAUGGUUGGCCUUGGGCAGUUCAGGAGGAGGUCUCAACCUCAUUCAAAAGGAAGGCUGGAAGCACAGGCUCUUCCUUUCACAUAGGGAAGGAGCAAUUUCUCAGGUUGCCUGUUGUCCAUAUGAUGAUGAUUAUGUUGCUGUAGCUACCAGUCAAGGUUUUGUAGUUGUUUGGGAAUUAAAUCAAGAGCGUCGUGGGAAACCAGAACGAAUUUCUGUGUCUUCAGAACACAAGGGCCGAAAAGUUACAGCUCUCUGUUGGGAUACAGCGAUUCUUAGAGUUUUUGUAGGUGAUCAUAUGGGGAAAGUUUCAGCCAUCAAACUCACCACUUCUAAACAAGCAAGGGCAGCUGCUACCUUUGUGAUGUUUCCUGUUCAGACAAUAACAACAGUUGACUCCUGUGUUGUCCAGUUAGAUUAUUUGGAUGGAAGACUGCUUGUAUCUUCACUCACUCGAUCCUUCUUGUGUGACACUGAAAGAGAAAAAUUUUGGAAAAUUGGAAACAAAGAAAGAGAUGGAGAAUAUGGAGCUUGUUUCUUCCCUGGAAGGUGUGCUGCGGGCCAGCAACCUCUAAUAUAUUGUGCUCGUCCUGGCUCCAGAAUGUGGGAAGUGAACUUUGAUGGGGAAGUUAUAAGUACACAUCAGUUUAAGAAACUCCUCUCAUCACCACCUCUCCCUGUGAUUACUCUCAGAUCAGAACCUCAGUAUGACCAUACAGUUGGGUCCUCCCAGUCUUUGUCUUUCCCCAAACUCUUGCAUCUUAGUGAGCAUUGUGUGUUAACUUGGACAGAAAGAGGAAUUUAUAUUUUCGUUCCUCAGAAUGUUCAGGUUCUUCUUUGGAGUGAAGUCAAAGAUAUUCAGGAUGUGGCUGUCUUCAAGAAUGAGCUGUUCUGUUUGCAUCUAAAUGGGAAAAUCUCGCAUCUUUCCCUCUUAUCUGUGGAACGCUGUGUGGAACGCCUGCUUAGGAGGGGCCUUUGGAACCUGGCUGCUCACACUUGCUGUCUUUUCCAGAAUUCUCUCAUUGCUGGCAGAGGAAGAAAAUCAUUGACUGUAGAUAAAUUGGAGCACUUGAAAUCUCAGCUGGACCUCACAACCUAUAGUGAUUUGAUUUCUCAACUAGAAGAAUUAAUCUUAAAAUUUGAACCUUUGGAUUCAGCUUGCAGCAGCAGAAGAAGCUCCAUUUCAUCACAUGAAAGUUUCAGCAUCUUGGACUCUGGUAUUUAUCGUAUUAUUAGUAGUAGAAGAGGCAGUCAGUCAGAUGAAGACACUUGUUCCCUUCACAGCCAAACCCUCUCAGAAGAUGAGAGACUUAAAGAAUUCAUCUCACAUCAAGAAGAGGACCAGCCAGAUCAGUGUUGCAGCUCACAUGGAAAUGAAGACAAUGUUUCUCAUGUUUCAGUGACGUUUGAGACAGAUAAGAAUGAAACAUUUCUCCCCUUCGGCAUUCCAUUAUCAUUUCGCUCUCCAUCUCCUCUUGUGUCUCUUCAGGCUGUCAAGGAAAGUGUUUCUAGCUUUGUACGUAAAACAACUGAGAAGAUUGGUACCCUUCAUACAAGCCCUGAUCUGAAAGUGAGACCAAAGCCCAGGAGUGAUGAACAGUUAUGUGAAGAAGAUGUGAGUCCUGUCACUUGCUCAAAAGAGGAAGAUACAGAGGGAAUAGAAGAAGUAACUAGUCAACCUCCAGAAGAAGAUAAAUUCCAAGAGCUCAAAAUAGCAACGGCAGAAGCAAUGACCAAACUACAGGACCCACUGGUUUUAUUUGAACCUGAAUCUCUGAGAAAGGUUUUACAGGAGUGGCUUUCACAGUUAGAAAAAACAUUUGCCAUGAAGGACUUUUCAGGCAUUUCAGGCACCUGCAACUCAUCCACGACAUCGAACGAGGAUGUGCUAUUGUUUGAUGAGUCAAAAAAUGGAAUAUUGGUUGAAGAUAAUGAAAAAGAAGAAAGGGACUCUUUAGACAAUGAAGAAACUGUUGAUCACACAGCAUGUGAAUCUGUAAAAAGUCUGAGGGAGCCCUUGGAUGACCUCUUUCGAGUCUGCUCUCCAUGCAGCAUAGCGAACGGUCUCCGGAAAGACCUGGCUGAAUUGACAACAUUGUGUUUGGAAUUGAAUGUACUGAAUUCUGAGAUCAAAAACACAAAUGGGCAUGAGGACCACCCUUUGCAACAGUGCUCUUCUGAAAUUCUGGCUUGUCAAUUUCUAAAGAAGUACUUUUUUCUCCUGGACUUGAAGAGAGCAAAGGAGAGUAUCAAGCUUACUUACGCUGACCAUCAUUGUGUUUGGGAUACUUUUAUCAAAGGAUUGAAAGAAAUGGCAAGUUCCAAUCCUACAUAUAUGGAGAUGGAAGAAGGAGAUCUACCAACAAAAUUAAAAUUACUGGAUGAUUCAGUCCCUUUUGACAGUCCUUUGUUGAUUGCUUAUGCUACCCAAUUGUAUGAGAAGUUUGGGGAAUCUGCCCUUCGAUCCUUGAUCAAGUUUUACCCAUCAAUUUUGCCUUCGGAUGUCAUGCAACUUUGUCAUCAUCAUCCUGCUCAGUUUUUGGCCUAUUUAGACAGUCUGGUGAAAUCAAGGCCUGAAGAUCACCGGCAAUCCUUCCUUGAGUCCCUUCUACAACCAGAAUCUUUAAGAUUGGAUUGGCUGCUGUUGGCAGUGUCCCAUGAUGCUCCCCCAAGCACAAGCACUAUGGAUGAUGAAGGAAAUCCCAGGCCUCAUUCACACUUGUUUUCCUGGGGUUACAAUCAGCUGAUCCUUCAUCUAAUUAAACUACCUGCAGAUUUUACAACCAAAGAGAAAAUGACUGACAUCUGCAGGUCUCAUGGUUUCUGGCCUGGAUAUCUUACUCUCUGUUUGGAGCUGGAGAGAAGAAGAGAGGCCUUCACCAACAUAGUAUAUUUGAAUGAUGUGAGCCUGAUGGAUGGGGACAGUGGUUGGAUCCCAGAAACCAUGGAGGAGUGGAAACUUCUCCUACAUCUUGUUCAGAACAAAAACACAACGCCAGCCCCCCAGAAUUCACCAAAUGGGAGCUUCAGUGAUGGGCCUUCCCCUGUUAACCUGGAGAAUGUAGCACUGUUGUUAGCUAAGGCCAUGGGUCCAGAUCGGGCCUGGUCACUGCUACAGGAAUGUGGUUUGACACUUGAGCUGUCAGAGAGGUUUACCAGAACCUGCGAUAUCCUAAGGAUUGCUGAGAAAAGACAGAGAGCCUUGAUACAAAGCAUGCUUGAAAAAUGUGAUCGGUUUCUCUGGUCUCAGCAGGCCUAG